AUGAUUAAAAAAAUUCUCAUCAUAACAAUUUUUUUGUAAACUCAAAGGUCUGAGUGGUUGAAAGAACAUCAAUAUGCAUAAAAGGAUACUUUGAUGAAUAAUAUGCAGGUAAAAAAUGAUAUUUGUUAAAAUACAGAUUAUAUGAUAAACUCAUAUCUAAGUAAUAAAGCCUAUUAUAUUAAUUGUACAACCCCUUUAAAAAAUUACAUUACAUUGAAUUCAAACACGAAUCAAGUUUAUAAUUGUGAUUAUGAACAAUGUAAAUUUUAUUGUUAAUAUAAAUGCUUAAUAUCUUUUGAUUUGUAUUACUAAGGCAUUUGGAUGAAUAAUUUAUUAGAAUUUCAAAUUUACAAAUAUAACUAUAUUUAUUAUCAUACAUCUAAUAAUUAUCAGCUAAACAAAGAUUUUUGUGAUGAUAGUUAUUAUGAAAUUUAAUAAAUAAACAUAACUCAUUCUUAAGUAUCAAUUUUAAAUUUUACAAUUUCUACUAAUAUAGUUGGAAAUGGAUAAGUGUCAUUAAGAAAUAUUCAUAUUCUUAAUUUCUAUUAUAAUUGUUAUCCAAAAUGUUAAACUUGCUCUGGACCUGAAAAUAAUCAAUGUUCGAGCUGUUUUUAUGGGAUUCAAGAAAAUUAAAUCUGUCCUCCUUGUCCUUUUAAUUAAUAUUAUGUAUAAUAUAAGGGUUGCUUUCCAAAAUGCAAUUUCAUUGAACCAUUAUGUUUAAAUGGAUUUUGUAAACUAUGUUAAUGUAAAUACUUUAUUCAUAUUAGCUUCCGAAUUGUUUUCUUUAAAUUUAUAAAAUUAUACUGAAUGGGUAUUUUGGUCAGUGAUUUAUGAUCAUUAAAUUUAGGAUACAGUACCUUAAGUGUUUUGGUUCAAUUAAUUAAUUUAUGGAAUAUUAAAAAAUAAUUCUGGAAUAUCUCGUUUAAUAUUAGAGAUUGUGCCAAAAAUUGGAUAUUACGUUGGGCUUAGUAUAUAAUUGAUAUUUUUUGAUGAAUUACCUCCUAAUUGUGGUAUUCAUAUUAAGUUUAAUCGAACCUAUUAUGGAUCAAUAUUUAAUACAAGUUCUGGAAUCAGAUUACAUAAUUUUACAACAAGUAAUUGCACAAAAUAUGAAUAUUCUUACUAAUAAUAUUAGAAUUAUUAAUUAUGUGAAAUUUAUGGUUAUUUUGAUAUCCCUUAAUAUCCAUUUUUAUUCACAGCAAUUGGAAAUCUGACGUAUAAUGUAAUAUAAAUUAGGAAUCCUUAAGUUGGAUGGGCAAUGAUGGGGAUAUAAAUUACAUCUGAUUACUGCACUAAUUAUUGUUUAGAAUGUGAUAUAUCAUAUAAGUGUAAGAUUUGUGAGAUUCCAUACUUAUUGUAUCGAGAUGGUACUUGUAUAUAAGAAUGCAAUGAUUUAUAUCAAAAGAAUAAUGGAUCAUAUUGUAAAGACUUUGAUGAUGAAACCUAAUGUAUAUCAGUUUUAUUAUAUGAUAGAUUCUGAACUCCUUAUAAAAGAAAAUAUAAUUUAGACUUUUGAGUACAAUUCUUAAUACAAUCUUAUACAUUAAAAUGGAAAUAAUUUCUUGAAAGGAUAAAAUAUUCAUUAUUCAUUUUGGAAUGGAUUUCUGAUAUUUGGAGGAGCUUAUGUUUGGGCUUAAGCUAAGUUUGAAAGAAUUCUUUAAAUUGAUAGGCCACAUCAUAGUGUUUCAAUAGCAUUCUACAUUUUGUAUGGUCCUGAAUUUCCAUCUGAUAGUUAGUUUAUAAUUACAAUUCAAUAAAGUUAUCAAAUUAUUAAGUAUAAAAGCUAAGCGAUAAAUUAAAAUGAUGAUGGGACCUUUAUAGAUAUAGUUUCAGAAAAAAGAAUUCACCAAUAAAAUGUUCUGAAUAUAACUUUUGAAUGUAAAGGUGAAAAUAAUGAACCAAUAAAAGCAUUUUGUGGAUUAUAUAAUUUCUAUUUAGCAGUUCAUUAUUGUUAACCUUAUUGUAGACAAUGUAUAGAUUAAUAAAGUUGUUAAGAUUGGAAUAGAACUGAUUAUCUUACAUAAAUUUAAUUUUCUUAAGCAGAUUGCUAGAUUAAGUAAUAUUUUGAUAUACAUACAUCCUUAUGUAUAUCUUGUCCUUUAUAAUGUAAAAGAUGCACAUCAAAGUUUUCUUGUUAAGAAUGCGAAAAUUCAUAUAGAUUAACCAAUCUAGGGUGUUUUUGUGCAAAAAACUAAUAUGAAGAAUUGAAUUAAUGUUAAGAUUGUCCAUUGAAAUGCAAUUAGUGUUUAAGUAAUACUUUUUGCUUUGAGUGUGUGGAUAUUGUUAAUAUGAGACUUGUAAAUGGAUUAUGUGAAUGUAUAGAUGGAUAUUCAUGGGACUCAAAUAUAAAUAAAUGUCAUUCUGAUUGCACUAGUAAUUGUCCUUAAGAAUGUUAAAAUGAAUGUAUAUAAUGCAUUCUUGGAAAAUGUUAUGAAUGUGAAAAUGAGUGGUAUGUCGAUCCUAUUAAGAAUAUUUGUAUAGAGAAAUGCGGAGAUUUUAUAUAAUUACCAAAUGAAUAGUGUGAAACAAGUUUCAUAUUACCUUAUAAGGGUUGCUAAAAUUGCAAACCAAGAUGUUAAUCAACAUGUUCUAAUUGUAGUACAUCAGGAAUAGGUUGUUUAGAAUGCAUAGAAGGUUAUUCAUUAAUUGACAAUUUAUGUUAUUCAAUAUGUGGGGACAUGAUUAUAACAGUUGAUGAAUAAUGUGAUGAUGGAAACUUCAUUUAUGGAGAUGGAUGUCAUUUUUGUUAAUAUAGUUGCUAAGAUUCAUGCUAAGAUUGUAUUAAUGGGAUAUGUUACAAUUACUAAUUAUAACAUCCAUUAACUAAAAUGCAAUGUGAUCCUAUGAUAGGAAAUGAAUUAGAAAAUAAUUCAGAAUUAUGUAAUUUAAUAGGAGAUUUAUAUCUAUUAAGCAAUCUCUAUAAUAUAAACUUUGGUUGUGAUUUAAAUUGUUAAAAAUGCUUUUUUAAAGUAUGUUAGAGCUGUAAUUAAAAUUAUAUGAUUUCAACCUAUUCUAAAUAAUGUACACAGCAUACCUAACUUUUUGAUUUGGUUGAUCAUUGUGAUUAAUAAAUUGGCAAUAUUUGCUCAAAAUGCUUUGAUUAUGCUUAUUUUGACAUAAUGGAAUAAAGAUGUAAACCAAAAUCAUUAAACAUAAAUUAAUGUUAAAAUCUAAUGAUACAAGUUCCAGACCAGUUAUGUAAUUAAUGCUUUGAAAAUUGUAUUAAAUGUUCCAAUAAUGAUUGUAUUAAAUGCAUGGAGGGAUAUUAUUUUGAUGAUUAAUUUUAAUGUAUUUCUUAUUGUGGAGAUGGUAUACUCACAAAUAAUGAAUAAUGCGAAAUUUAUGAUGAUAAUUGUUAAAAUUGUGAAUUCUAAUAAUUUUAAUAUUGCUUAGUUUAAUUUCAAGAUACAUGUCUUUAGUGUAAAUAUGGUUUUCAUUUCAAUUUUAUUUCAAAAAUUUGUGAAUCUAUCUGUAGAGAUGGAUAAAAAGCAGAUGAUGAAGAAUGUGAAUUCGAUAAUUAAAACAUAUAAUCUGGAUGUAAAUAUUAUUGUAGUGAAGAUUGUAUAUGUAUCUUGGAAGAUUAGUAAAUUAUAAAUGCUGAAGAUUUAGAUGAUACUAUUACGAUUAAUAAUUAAAUUUUCAUAAAUUAAAAUGAUCUUAAUUAAAUUAAUAAUGAUUCAGAUUAAUAAAAUUGCGGCAAUGCUAAAUUUUAACCUAGUUUAAAUGAACAAUGCGAUGAUGGAAAUACAAUUGGAGGAGAUGGAUGUUCUGAAACUUGUACCAAUGAGCCUUUUUUUAAGUGUUAACAUUUUGAAAACCAAUAAAGUGAAUGUUCUUAUCUUGAAGUUCCUGAUUUUUUCUUAAAUAGAUUAUCUGACGAAUAAAACUCACUCUAAAUCAUAGAUUUAUAAUUUUCUUAAGAGAUUAAAUUGAAUCAAACAAACACAAUUGAAAAUCUAGCUACUUAUUCUAUCGAACCUUAUACCCAAUAUAAAUUGAUUGUUAUUCCACUUGUAAAUUUAACUACUGAAUUACUUAUGCCUCAUUAUUAAUUCUCUAUAUAGUUUCAAGAAAAUGUUGACAAUUCUAAAUUUAAUAUUAGGUUUAAAGAAAACAUAAUAUUUAACUCUAACAAUAUUGGUCUCAAAAGUUACAAUAAAAGUAUUCCUAUUGGAACUCCUUUUAUAUUAUCAGCUUAUUCUUAAUAAAAAUUAACUUAGAUGAUAUCUAUGAAUGA